CCCCCCAGGCCCCGCCGCCUGCCGCUGGGGGGGGGUUUCCGCCCCGCCCGGGCCCUGCUGAAGGGGACGACGCUCAGCAUCACCCGCGGCCCCCCCGGGGGGGAGCCCCCCCAGCAGCUCAACCUGCGCGGCUGUGGGGUGACCCCCGAGGUGGACGUGGGGGGGCAGAAGUUCGGCAUCAAACUGCUGGUGGCGGCGCCCGAGGGGAUGAGCGAGAUCCAGCUGCGCUGCCGCGACCGCAAGGGCAAGGGCAAGCAGCUGGUGCCCCGCAUCCUGGAGGCGCUGCACCGCCUGGGGGCGCUCUCGGCGGCCGAGGCCCGGCUGCGCUUCCUGGAGGCCUGGAGGGCCCUGCCCGGCUUCGGGCUGGCCUACUUCGUGGUGAGGUUCAAGGGGGGGCGGCGGGACGAGCUCCUGGCCCUGGGUCCCUCCCGGCUCCUGCGCAUGGACCCGGCCAGCGGCGCCGUCACCCGCGUCUGGCGCUACAGCGGCCUGCGGCAGUGGAACGUCAACUGGGACAGCCAGCAGGUACUGGGGGCACUGGGAGGGACUGGGAGGGGCUGGGGGGACUGGGAAUGGACUGGGAGGCACUGGGAACGGACUGGGAGGGGCUGGGAGGGACUGGGAGGAACUGGGAGGGACUGGGAGUGGAGCAGGAGGGGAAUGGGAG